UAAUUACAAUUGAUAUCAAAAGAUGCAUUGAACCAACUGUGUUUGAAUUCAGAUUAUUAUAAUUGAUAUUAACCUAAUGUGGGCGUUCACAUCAAAGAAUGCAUGAUGUAAACUUUUACAUUGAGUUGAUGAGAUCAUGGUCUCGUGGAAUCAAUCAACCAUGUGAUAUUAUAAUUCCCUUAGGAUAAUGUAACGUAUUAUUCUUGGAUUUCAUCGGUUAGUCCAUCUAAACAGAUGUGGGGAGAGGAAAAAGUCUAUCUAGUUUGUCAAGAGUAAGACAACAGAAAACAUUUGGGAUCUAACUAGGAUCUCAUUGUCUUUCGAUGACCUUGAGGAGCAAGUGAUGUGGACUUCUUGAUUGAAUAUACAAAUUCUGCAUUAGCAUCCUGGAAUAUACAAGUUUGGAAAUGGCAUCAGAAGAAUAUUCUACAAUCAGCCUUGUAAUCUUCAUGGUUCCAGCCUUCAGGAAUAUUGCGGGUGAUGCGAAUAAUUUGCCUAGGGUUCUAUAGGAUAUGCUUCCAAUGUUGUAUUUAUAUAUGUUUCUCUUCCUGCUUCAACCAGCAUCAGUCAUUGAAACUCUGACAGGGAGAAGAGAUGAAGCAUGGAAAGAGGCAUCGGGCUGAGGUAGCAAAAAGCUUGCCAGGAUGGAAACGCAAGUUUAUGUCUUACAAGGCGUUGAAGCAGCAAGUGAAACAGAUGAAUCCCCAUUUUAAUGGAAAGAAAAGGUCAAGAUUAGACAAUGGAAAAUAUUCACAGGGUGGAAGCAGUGAGGGGAAUUCGCCGGUACAGGACACGGGUUUCACCCUGUUAUUAGACAGGGAACUCCACAAGGUUAACGCGUUUUACAUUGACAAAGAGGAAGAUUAUGUCAUCAGCUUUAGGGAGCUGCAAAUCAGGGCUGAAAACUUGAACGGUGAUGAAGAAAAUCUGGAAUUGCUGAAGGAUAUUUUGGAUUUUCAUGCAGAGAUGGUGAUGCUACUGCAUUUCAGUGUCACUAACUUUACAGGCUUGGUCAAGAUUGUGAAGAAGCACAAGAAGAAGGCAGGUGCUUCUGUUUACUCACCCUACAUGCCAAGGGUUCUGCAGCAGCCAUUCUUCUCCACUGAUUUGCUUUACAAUCUUAUCAGGGGAUGUGAAGCAAUCCUUGGCAGACUCUCUCCCCCCAGUGACCCUUAAAGGCCAAUCCGAUUGAAGACAAGUCAAUAUAUAGUUGUCUUUUCCUUUUUACUUUUGUUUUGGAUUUGGAAAUGCUCCUCUUUCCAUAUUUGGUUUCGUUUUUUGGUGCAUAUGCCAUAGCUUACACAUACAAUUGUACACAGUUUUUCCCUAAAGAGAGGAGAGGGUGUGGUGCUCCAUUGCCCUGUUAAUCUUCCUAGUUCAUCAUUGAACUGUAUGUUCUUAUAAAGCAUCAAACCCUAAACCCAA